AUGAAAAAUGAUGGAAUUACAAAAAAUAAAUCGCUUAAAAUUUUAGUAUUAUUUUAUGUAAUAAUUAUCUACUUGAAUUUAAAAAUAAACUGUGAUACUUUGAAUAAACAAAAUAAAAUUGAAAAAAACAACUUAGAUAUAUAUAAAUCAGUAAUUAUUGAUGCAGGAUCAACUGGAACAAGAAUUCAUAUUUAUAACUAUAAAAUAGAAAAUAAUAAUGAAGAUAUAAAAAUUUUCAUUCCUUCUAUAAGUCAUAAAGCAUCUCCUGGAUUAGUUUAUAUGUUAAAUAAUUAUUUUUCAGGUGAUGAAAUAAAUUUUUAUGAUUAUUUUAAGAAAAUCAAAGAUUUUAUAUACGAAAAUGUUGAAAAAGAAGAGCGAUCAAACACCGUUAUAUUAUUUAGAGCAUCUGGUGGGUUUAGGUUAUUAAGUAUAAGUAAAUCAGAGAAAUACAUUAACUUUCUUAAAGAUUAUUUGUAUAAUAAUUUUAAUGAAUUUUUGUUAAUUGAUGAAUUAUUAAUAAAAGUAUUAAGUGGAAAAGAAGAAGCUAUUUUAUCUUUUAUAUCAAUAUAUUCUCUUCUAGAAAAAUCUAUACAUAGCCCCAUAAUAUUUUCUAAUGAUAAUAAAAAUAGUGGAAGUGAAAAACAUAAUGUAGAUCUAAGUAAUGAUAUUAAUGAUAAUAAAGAAAUUAAUGUUAUAAAUGAUGAUAACAAUAAAUAUGAAAACAACAAUAACGAUAGCAUUGGGGUAAUAGAAAUAGGAGGAGCUUCAGCUCAAAUUGUGAUAAAAAUUCCAUUAUCUAAAAUGAAUGAUGAUAUUUUAAAUUUAUUUAAUUAUAAACAUAAGGAUAAUAAAAAAAAUUCUAUUAUUGAAGAAAAUUAUAAAAAUAAAAACAUAGUAAAAAUUAAAUUAUUUCGUAAAAAUAUUUUUUUAUAUUGCAAAAGUUACUUAGUACUAGGAAGACAAAAUGCAAUGAAAACUUACUUGCAUUAUGUUGUUCACAAAAAUAAAAAAAACAAAAAAUUAAAUAAAUUUAUUCCUAUUCCGUGUUUCCCUAAGAAUUUCAAAUUUUAUAUUAGCAAUUUAUUUAAAACAUCCAUUGAAGAGAAUAUAGAUGAAUAUGAUGAAAAAAAAAUAUUAAAAAAAAAUGAAUAUAUAGGAAUUGGUACAGGAGACUUAAAUUUAUGUAGAAAAGAAAUACAAAUAAUUUUAAAUUAUUCAGAAAUUGAUAAUUUGCCUUUUAGAUUAAAAAAAUUUAUAAAAUUAUAUGCAAUUGAAAAUUUUCAUCAUUUUGCAACUGAUAUCCUUAAUAUUUCAGAAAAUUUUAAUCCAUUAUUAAUUAACACAAAUAUGUAUUUAAAAAAAGCUGAAGAAUUGUGCCCUCUUACUGUAGAGGAAAUUAGAAAAUUGGUUAACCCUAAUGCAAAUAUUGAAAAGGCUCAAACAUCUUGUUUCGGAUUAGUAUUUUUAUAUGAGUUUCUACGACAUAUUUUUAAGAUUGAUAAUGCAAUAUCAUUUUAUUCUACAAAUUACAUAAAUAACACUAUGAUAACAUGGACUAUAGCAGUUUUAUUGAUGGAAAUUCCACCAUAUCUUGAUUUAAUUAAAAAAAAGAAAAAAAUAAAUUAUGACAAUGAUGAACUUUAA